GCUCCUGGCGCCCGGCCGCAGCCAUGGAGGAGUUCCUGCAGCGCGCCCAGUCCCGGCUGAACAGGAGCAAACGUGUGGAAAAAGUCCAUGUUGUUCUUGGGAAUAAACCCUGUGAUUUGGAUUCACUUAUUUCUACCCUGGCCUAUGCCUACUUUCUGGACAAGGUCAGCCCUCCUGAUGUUCUCUGCUUACCUGUGUUGAACAUACCAAGAAAAGACUUCAGCUACUUCACUGAGACAAGAUUUAUUUUGGACGAGCUGAAAAUCCCAGAGUCAUUCCAUAUCUUCCGAGAUGAAAUCAAUUUGCAUCAGCUGAAUGCUGACGGGAAAUUGUCUUUAACGCUUGUAAACAGCAGCAUGCUGGCAAGUGAGGAUAAAAGUUUGGAAUCAGCUGUUGUCAAAGUCAUCAAUCCAGAUGAGCAAUGUGACAAGACCCUGGAGUUACAAGCAUGUUCUUCCUCUUUAGUCGUAAAAGAGAUUCUUCAGGAGGCACCAGAGUUAAUCACUCAGCAACUGGCUUAUCUCCUCAGAGGGAGUAUUCUCUUCAAGUGCAUGUCUUUGGAAGCUGACAAAAUGACAGAGCACCAGGAGAAAGUACUGUCAGUUUUGGAGGAAAGGUUUCCAGAUCUUCCCCCGCGAGAGGAAAUUAUCUCUGCUCUCCAGGAGACUCAGUUUAACACCCAAGGUGUGAACAUUGAGGAGGUUAUGCUCAAGGAUCUCAAGGAGAUUUCAGAUGGAGAAAUCAAAGUAGCGAUUAGCACUGUGUACAUGACACUGGAGGACUGCAUAUUACACAGGAGUCUCAUUGGUGAUCUGAAAGCAUUCAUAGAUAAAUACGGGUUUGAUGUACUUGUCAUUUUGGCCAACUGCUUGUCAGAUCAGAAGCAAACAAAACAACAAGUAGCAGUAUACUCGGAAAAUGUAGAGCUAGGCAAUCAAAUCUGCUGUGAAUUAGAAGAAUGUCAGAAUCCUUGUUUGGAGCUGAAUCCUCUAGAAUGUGAAUGUGACCAAAUUCUCAUUUAUCAUCAAGAAAAUUCUUCAGUGACCUGCGAUCAAAUUUUUCUUCUAAUUAAGGAAGUUAUAAAUAGAAGGCAACCAGAAAUGGUAUCAAACAGUAGAACUUCUUCUACUGAAGCUGUUGCUGGAAGUGCUCCACUUUCACAAGGAUCUUCUGGUAUUAUGGAGUUAUAUGGUUCUGAUGUAGAACCACAGCCCAGUUCUGCCAAUUUUAUAGAAAAUCCUCAAGAUCUAAAUGGAUCUGUGCAAGCCCACAUUGAUGUUAAUGUAGACCUUGUAAGUCCAGACAGUGGCUUGGCUACCAUUAGAAGCAGCCGGUCUUCCAAGGAGAGUUCUGUUUUUCUUAGUGAUGACAGCCCUGUUGCAGAAGGGGCUGCUUCACAUCACAGUCUUCUGCCUGGCUUUGAUUCCUACAGCCCUAUUCCUGAAGGAGCAGUAGCUGAAGAGCAAAAGUCUCAGUCAGGAAGCAAUAGCGAUAAUUUUGAUCUUUUCAAUUUUGAUCUAGUGCCCGUGGUUACAGCUCCAUCUGAGUCAUCUUCUCGUUCCGUGGAUUGUUCUCCAGCAGAUGACUAUUUUCUCAAUAGUGAUUCCUCAGAAGGGCAUCAGCUCACUCUGAAGAAAAAACUUGAUGAGACAAACCUCUUAGAAAAUGCUACAGUAAAGUAUUCAACUGACUUACUUACGACAAAAAUUGAGGAAGACAAUCUGGCUGAAUUUGAUGAGAAUCCAGGAGGAAUGUGUGAGAAAACUUCAAGUUUGAUUGAUUUUGUUGAAGGUGAUUCUUCUUCACCAGAAGCAUUGAAAUCUGCUGAUUGUAAAAUUCCACCAACUCCUAUGAAUAGUCUUGUAGAUACUUCACCACUGGAUAAUGGGCAGCCUUUAAUUUUCUCACAAGAUGUCAUAAAAAAAAUUAAUGAAAUAGAGGGCACAAAUUACUCUCCGUCUCGUGUUAGAUAUGGCAGCUGGUGGGAUGGCUUUGAUCUAGAUUCCAGAAAUGCUGAUGCAUGGAGUUCAAGUGAACAGGAAUCUGUAUUUCAGAGUCCUGUCUUAUGGAAAGAUUCUAAAGAAAGUCCUUUGCUACGAGAACAUACUGAUAGAAGAGCCUCAGAUUCUGUGUUCCUCCAAAAACAGCCAAAGCAAAUGGAAUAUAUGAAAGCAGGUCUAUGGGAUAAUCAGUUUAAAGAAGAUAAUUGGAACCAUGAGAAUCAAGAGAAAAACAGUGAACAUUCAUGUUUGCAAACUGCUUCUUUAGAUGAGACAAAGCAAGAAGUGGAGACCUUUACAGACCUGUGGAAGGUCAGCCAACCAACACCUGUGAUGUCAGAUGCAUGGUGUAGCGGUGAAGGAAAAGGUAGGCAGCUAGCUGGAGACUCUUACAAAAUCUGGACUGAGUUUGGUGAAGGAAAUGCUGGUAAAUCAUCAGAAGAUGUAUGGAACAUGCCCAAACUAGAUAGAGAGUUAAGAUCAGUGAAUAUUCCUGAGGAAUGGGCUGUAUCAAAAACAGGUUUAUCAGAUUCUUCAGAAAUCACAGUGGACAAUGAAAUUGAAAAUCCAGAAGUGUGGGAUAAAGGAAGGUAUUAUUCAAUAGAAGACCAUGGAAAAUCUGAAAAUAGAAGUUUUGUUUUCAACAAUAUGCAAAAUAAUUCCAAGCCAAACAUGGGGGAAAAAGCUUUAUUUGGUGAUCCUAAACAUAGACCAAAACAAUUUGAAAAUAUAGAUACCUGGAAUAUGUAUGAUAAAAACAUCAGAAAAGAAGUAACAGAAGUAGUGGUGCCCUGGGAGGACACCUUCUUAUAUAAAAACUCAGAUCUUAGUUCAUCAAAUAUAGCGGAAGAUUUAGUUGUUUCUCCACCAGACACCAAUUAUUCAACAUCUGAUUCAUAUAUAUCACCUACAUAUGUGGAAGAUGAAAGAGAAAGUGAGGACAAGGAUUUUGAUGAAGGAACAGUUACUGGUAAAUUCAUGAACAUAAACUUGGCUGAGUCAAAAGUACUUGAGAAAUCAACUAAGGAACCAUUAUCUCCUAACAAUAUGCCUUUUUCAAGUACUAGAAGUACAGAUAUCUGGAACACUCCCCUAAAUAAUAUCACCCAGUUACAAGAAAGAAAUUCUGAAAUGCCAGUUCUUUCUGCCUCUGCUAAACCUUGCCUUAAUUCAGAACAAACAGCUGAUCUAUGUUUUUCAACUGAAACAUGUAGCAGUGAAAAUAACUUUCCUAUAUCUGAAAGCAAAAGAGUAAUACUGGCAUAUAAUCAAACAGUGAAUGACUUAUCACCAUCACAGAAUGAAUUAAAUACUGGACAGAGAGCAGCUGACGAGGCAGAAGCAGUGGGCAGUGUUCCUGUAGAAGACACAAACCCCUCUGCGCCAACUUCAGAAAAUGAGAAUGGUUUGGAUCUGAAAAUAUGUGACUUAGGGAGUGAGAUACUUAGUACGAAUGCAGCACAAACCACUGCCAGUAUUAAUGAAGAGCUGGGUAUUCAGGAUUCCGUGCACCAGCUGGACUCGUGGGGUUUACAGAGUGAGCAGGAUUGUGAGGAAAGCUGGGAUAAUGCCACUGUCAUCGCUAAGGAAGGAGAAGAACGCAAGAGAACACAUGUGACAAGUGGGCAGCAGAUGAUUGAUGACAUUUGUAAUAAACCAGUGCAAGAGAGCAAUGAAUCUUCAGGUAAAACAGAUUUAGAAGAAAAUGAACCAACAACUGAAGUUGCCACCUCCCCAGAAAAACAGAGAAAUAGUGUUAGUUUGGAAGUAUUAAUCACAGAGAAUGUGUCAUUUUCCAAUCAAAGUAAACCAGUUAACCAGGAAGAGAGAAGGGACAUGUUGCAGAACAGUUUAGAAUCUUCAAGUAUUUCUGAAGGAGGCAGAGAUUAUGAAUUUUUGGAUGACCUCUUACCACAAAAUUACAAUUAUAGUGAAAUGUCACAGCUGCUUUCUGAGGAAGCUGGAAAAGAGGCUACAGUGACAGAGGAUGCAGCAAGUCCCAAGAUGGAAAGUACUUCUGAAAGUUCUGAUAAGGGUAGUGAUAAUCCUGAGAAUAAUUCUGCUAAAAUACCUGGAAGCUCAGGUGUCUGGAAUGACUCUGGAAAGAAUGGUAGUGGCCAAGCCAUAUCAAUUCCUUUGAUGGAUAAACCACAAGAACCUCUGGGAGAAGGGCAAGAAUGCUUACAUGAAGUGACUCCUAACCAUCCAGACAUUUGUAAUUCUGAUUUACUAUCUUUUAAAAAUAGCUUAGAACUGAUGAAGACCAAUGAAAAUUCUUUCACAGAUGAGUUUAAGAAAAAUCCUUCUGGAUUUGUUAGUGUUCCUGAUAUUACACAUGUGUCUGUGGUGGAAAAUUCAUUUUCACUUGAAAUAGCUUCUGGGAGAAAUGAAAACUCUGAAAAUGUAGAACCUGCUACUAAUCUUUGUGGAGAACCAUUUGCAGUGCUUAAUGACAAUUUUCCCCAAACUGCUUGGGAUUCACAGCCAUGUGAAGAUUUGCAGUCUCCUGGAACAAGUCCUGAGGCAAGCGAAGUCCUUGAAAUAGCAAAUACCACAAGCAGUCUUUCAAAAGAUAUACAGAUCAAAAGCUAUUUGGAAGAAGAUAAUAUGUGGAGUAAUUCAAUAAAUUAUUAUACACACUCAAGUGGAACAAGUCCUGACUUAAGUGAUACAUCUGUGAAUGUGUGGGGAGAUCUUCCAGUUGCUAGUCAUCAUGAAAGAAGCAAGGAUGUGUGGGAGAUGAAAAAUAAUAAAAAUCUUGCGGAUUCCUUUAAAAAGCAGGAAUUUGGGAAUGAAUAUGAAGAAGGAUUUGAAACAAGUGGUGAAGAGAACAAAGUUCCUAAAAGCUUAGAUUUUUGGAAUGCCCAUGUAGAUGAUGAUACUGUAUCUUCUUUAUCAAGUCCUGAUGUAAAUGAGGAUUCAGAGAAUUCAGAGGCAUGUCCAGAACUGAUUAAUGAAGAUUCAGUGUGUGAAAACAAACAGCACAAAGCAGCUGAAAAUGAAGAGGAUUAUGAUCAGUCCAAUGCAACAAGUCCUGAAGCUAAUGAAGACAGUUUAGGUGCAAAAACUAAGGUGGGAGAGAACGUCCUUGUAAGCACCUUCAGUGAAAAUUCUGAAACAAUUGAAGCCGAAAAGGUAUUGCAGGAGGAUGGGUCUCUUGGCUUUAUUGAUCAUACUCAACCUACUACUGGCCCCUGUGAAACACUUGACGAAGUAACUCAGGUGAGUAGUUUCAAUGAAAAAGCAGAUAGUGGGGAAGACUCAUAUUUGUAUCAAGUGAAUGAAGAUCCUGCAUUGACUUCUGCUGCUGGCGAUAAAGAAGAGCAUUCUUCAAAAGCUGUAGAUAGGUGGAGUAUGUCAUUGGAAGCUGAUUCAAGAACUAAUCCAAAAUCCACAGUAGGAACAUUUGAUUUUCUAGAUAACAGUUCAGAUUGGUGGAGUUCACAACCUUGUGAAGAAAAGCAAUUGGAAGAUCAGUAUUCUGGUUCACGUCAGUCUGUAACAAAUCAUCUAGGAAAUAGUAAAGAGUACUCCUGUGGCUCACCUUCACAAGAUGAAGAACUAAGAGAAGCACAUUUCACAGAUAAAAGUAGGGAUGAAAAUCCACCUGCCCCCCUGUACACUGAUGGAAAAGAAAAUGAAAGACUAGUACAAUCUAUCAAUAGUCCUGAUGGUCAGAUAAAUGAAGACACUUCACAGUUCAGUCGAUUUGAUUCUUUCACACUGGAUAAAAAAGAAAGGGAGUUGAUAGAGCAGUUGUUUUCUACAGAUGAGGAAAAUCAACUGACUCCACAAAAAUCUUUUUCAGAUGAGGAACAAGCUAUACCAGUUGAAGUAAUCACUGUUCUGGAUCUACCAAAAGACAAUGAGGAAAAUGCAAGUCUCACUCCUCAAGAACAGCAGGAAGACAAGUGUGAAAGAGUAGAAGUGCACAACUCCAUGCGAGGUGCUUUCACUGUAGAAGACUUAUCUUUUGAAAUGGCAGAAAAGUCAAGCCCAGAAUGGAAUAUAUUCGUUCCCCAAACUGCACUUAUCCCAGAUAUUUUACAGGAUAACACACAAGGAAGUAAUCAGCAGUUUUCAGUGGAACCUGACCUGUGGGCUAAUGCUGAGGAGAUUGUCACUUUGAAAUCAGAUGGUGAAAAUCCUGAUAUUUUAAGUCACUGUGACCAAGACAAUGGUUCAGAGUCAUCAAGCAGUCCUGAUGUGUGCCAGGAAUAUGGAGUUAAGCAUGCCUCUAUCCCAUCUUCUCAGGCUGCAGUAGAGCCUGAAGACAAAGACAGUCAGCCAAUUCAUACAAAAUCAAAUGUGAAUAAAGAGGCAGAUUUUGACUCGAAGUGUCAGUUAGUAAUGCAGAAUGAGAUGCACUCUGAAAAUGGUAGCCCCCAGGACUACGAGCCAGUAAAGGCCAGUGAAUUCUAUCAGCUUAUCUCUUCUAAUCCUCAGGAGCCUCCUGAAUUUGCAAUUCCAGAAGAAUACAGUCUAGAAAAUAAGCUGGUUUUUGACCCUGUUGAGUCAACUGAAAUUGCCAGUGAAGUUGCAAAAGUGACAUCCUUAGAUGUGAAAGACAUGUUCCAUGGAAGUUUCACUAAUGCAAGCCAUCAAGGAGCACCAGCUGAUACAGCUCAAAUAGCGACUUCUCAAAUGCCUUUGCUUCCCAUGGAUUUCAGUCAACCUGACAGGGAAGAACAAAGCUUAAAAGAAAUUAGUGCCUUGGGUGAAGUUGUAAAAUAUUCUGGUAUUGAUCAUACAGCAAUAACUGGUGUUGAGCUAGAUAGGUCAGAAGAAUGUGUGGAUGACUCUGACACAGGGAUAGAACAUAGUAUAAGGGACACCUCAGUGACUAAUGGCCUAGGAGGCACAUGUGGUGGAAUGAACAUACUGACACUGCUAGGCAGUGAGGCAGCAGGAGGGAAGUCAGAGGAUGAACAGACACUCUUUCCCAAGUCCUUUCUACCUGGUGGUAAUGAAGGUGAUGAAUCUGAUUCAAAUAAUGAACUGUUUGAUGACGCAGCAAAAGAAUAUGAAGCUGUAAUUGAAAAUUAUGUUCCUGUGCUUAAGGAGAUACCCAGUGACCAAUCACCAGUGGUGUGUACUCCUCCAUCCUCUGCAUCUUUCGAUGCUGAACCCUCUGGCAGCAGUGAGAAUGCAAACGGUGAGCUCUUGUUACAGCAGCCAUUUUGUGACAGUGUUUCUUUGGAAAAACGAUUGCCACUGCCGGCUCCUCUGGAAGGUGCAGAGGGCAUCCUGAUGACUGAACAUAAGGUGUCUGAGACAUCCACAGAGUGUCUUGAGGAAAAUCGCACCUCAGUACCAUCGCUUUCCCUGGCUGAAGUACCUAGCCCAGAUUCUGAUUUCUUGACAGGAAAAUCUGAAAAAGAAACAACCGAUCCUGAGUCACCACAAGGUGGAGAUAGAAGAUCAUGUGAUGAAGCUGGCACUGACUCCCUACUUUGUAGAGAAGAAAAGCUGAGAAAUUCCCAGAAGAGCCUUGAACUGGAAAGUACAGACAGUAAAGAAGAUGUGAAGGUGCAGGUGCUCCCACCUUCACUGGAGAUGGAUUACAUCCUUGUUACUGAGGAAGAAAAAACACCUGCAACAAAUGAUACCGUUGAAAGAAGCAGAAUUAAUUUUGCAUUUCAAGAAUCUCAUGAAGACUUUUCACCAGGCUCCUUGGAUGCUUUUCAGGCAAUAUCCAUUUCAAAUGAAAGCAAAGAUCAUCUUGUUAGUGGGACUGAAUGGGACGCUGCUCACUUAGAAGAGAAAAAUUCUUCUGCUGUGCGUCAGAAGAUGGAUGGUGAAAGGAAAUCACAGGAAAGCUGUGGGCAAGAUGAGGGUUGGAUUAUAUUGGGACAAAAUGAAAUAAGUGGCAUAUCACCUGAAGAAAUUUCUGCCAAGACAGAGAUGCCAGAAUCAGGGUCUGGACAUCCUGGUGAAGAACUGGCAUCUGUUGUAGCACAGGAAAUGAUUCUUGACACUUGGACAGAAUUUCAGGUAGAAACUCCCCUUCAGAAAUCUUUUGAACAUGAAAGCUGUUCUCCUUCAGAUGGUCUGUCUGCUGAGAAUGUGAGUUUGGGCAUUGCAGGAACAUCAGAGUUGCAGGUAGUUUGUGGUGAUAGCACAUGGGAAGCAAAUUCUCAACAGAGGCUUGGGAAUAAUGUAGCGACAGAACAAGAAAUGAAGGAGGAAAUGGUUCUUCUCAGCAGUGACAGAGAAUUGAAUCAAAAAUCAGGAUUGGUACAAGAGGAUGCGGGAAUGGACAUCCCCUUAGCUGAGGGUGUACAAAGCCCCAGUUCUGCGGAGAUGAGACCUGAACCUCCCAAUUCGCUUGAUCUUAAUGGUUCUCAGCCCAGAAGGAUAAAGCUCACUGCUCCAAACAUCAAUCUCUCAUUGGACCAGAGUGAAGGGUCUAUAUUGUCUGAUGAUAAUUUGGAUACACCCGAUGAAAUUGACAUUAAUGUAGAUGACCUUGACACUCCUGAUGAAGCUGACUCUUUUGAAUACGCUGGACAAGAAGAGCAGACUGCUGCUAAAGAUGCUUCCCAGGAGGAGUCUGAAUCAAUCCCUGAGUACUCUGCUGAAGAGGAGCGAGAGGACAACAGAUUAUGGAGAACAGUGGUUAUUGGAGAACAAGAACAGAGAAUUGAUAUGAAAGUCAUUGAACCAUACAAAAAGGUCAUUUCUCAUGGAGGGUACUAUGGUGAUGGUCUGAAUGCUAUCAUUGUGUUUGCGGCAUGCUUCUUGCCAGACAGCAGUCGAGCUGAUUACAACUAUGUCAUGGAAAAUCUUUUCCUAUAUGUAAUCAGUACCUUAGAGCUGAUGGUAGCUGAAGACUAUAUGAUUGUCUACUUGAAUGGAGCAACACCAAGAAGAAGGAUGCCUGGAUUGGGUUGGAUGAAAAAAUGUUAUCAGAUGAUUGAUCGACGAUUACGGAAGAAUUUGAAGUCAUUUAUAAUUGUUCAUCCAUCAUGGUUUAUCAGGACAAUUCUGGCUGUAACACGACCUUUUAUAAGCUCUAAGUUCAGCAGUAAGAUACAGUACGUCAACACGUUGGCAGAGCUUCGUGAGAUGAUUCCAAUGGAAUAUGUGCAUAUACCAGACAGUAUUGUCAAGUAUGAUGAAGAUAAGUGUAUUAAGAGAAGAAUGAGACUGGAUGAAGAGCUGAGGGAAGCUUCAGAAACAGCUAAAACUAGCUGCCUCUCAAAUGAUCCAGAAAUGGCUUCAGUGGAGCAGGAGAUUGACAUGACCCUGAAAUAAGAAGCACCAUUGCCAGGCAUUUGAAGAAGAGGGUUCACAUGGAUUUUCAUCACCCAGACAAUCACAACCACGCUGUACAAUUAGUGAUUUGGUCAAUUUUGUUUGGUUUAUAAGUUUCCCCUGUCAUUCUGCAGUUCAAGAAGACCAAAAGAGCCAGUCCUAUGGCCAUGGAAACAGCAGAAUUUUGGGUCCUGGUUAUUUUUGUUGUUUUCAGAAACAGUUUUCAUUAGGAACGCUAUAUCAUCUAGCAUUGGUUUCUCUGUGAGUGCCAUUUCUGUUUGAAAGGAUUCCAUUUUACCAACAGUGUGCCUCAUGAAUAGGUCAGUGAGGAUGGGGAUUUUUUAAUUUUUGUCUUCAGCAUAUUAAUGUUUAUGCAUAGCUGAACGCAAUAGUUGUUGUUACAAUAAGUGUUAGUUUGCUUGUGUCACAGAGCAGCAGCAAUUUUGCUUUUAAAAAUAACUUUAGAAAUUAUGCAGGACUUUCUUGAGUUUGGCAGGCUGUGUUUAAUCAGGCUUUGGGUAGCCUGUUGUAGUGAAGGGUGUCCCUGCUCAAGGCAAAGGGGCUGGAACUAGAUGAUUCCUAAGGACCCUUCCAACACAAACUAUUCAUGCUUUUAUGAAUUUUUGUUUCUUGAGGUCUGAAAGUCUUUCCAUCUUCAUUAAAUGACUUUUUUGUUUGAUCAGAGAAAAGCGUGAUAUACUAAAAAAUAAUAAUUAGUCUCGUUAGACUUCCCAGAGGAUGAAUGAGUAACUGAAAUUAACUUUAUUUUAAUAAUUCCGUUUAGUAUAUUUAUUUUAGGCAUAAUUUCCUCAAAGCAGCAAAUCCUGUAAAUUACUUUCAUAUAUUCUAAAGUCCUUGGAGCAUUAAUUUAUUCCUGCUUUCUAAGUCUGUAUCUUCCAGAACACUUUUUUAAAAGUUAUGAGUCUUCAAGUGACAUCCUGUCUCCAGUUAUAAAGGCUAUUAAUUCUCUGAAUAUGAAUCAAAUAUUAUUUCCUACUGGGAGCUGAAAGCUGGAAGCCAUACUCAUUUGUUCGGAAGAUUUGUUAAAGUUUUGCUCCAAGUGUUUCUAUUAGAUAAAAAUAGGUCUUAUAAUGGUAUUUAUUGUCUGUGUCACAGAACACACCAGUAAAAAGAUAAAAAUGGAAAAACCCUAAGCAUCUUUUGUUUGCUGGGGUCCUAUUUAUUUGCAAAAAAGAUACUACAUUAAGUCCUACUCCUUACUGGGAAAUAGCUUUAGUUUCUCAGAUCAUGCUUUUACAGAAGUGUGCAAGUUAAUUAUCUAGUGAUCUCUGUUUGUCGGCUUUAAAAAUAUGAGAGUCAAGAAAAUGACAAAUGUUUGCCCUUACUCUAAUGAAUACACAUAGGCAUUUUCCAAACCUGCUGACUUGCCUGCCUUUUGAGAAGUCCUAAUCGAAGUCUUAUUAUUACAUACUCUCUGAAAUACUACCUUUUUUUCACAAGAUUCUUGUAUGCCCUAGAAUUACAUCUGUGCAUUCUUUACUUUGUAAAAAAAUGCUUAGACUUAACAAUUCAAGAUAAGUUGCACCUUAUUAGUAUGGUCUAACUCUAGUCCUGCUUUCAGUUCAGAAUUAUUGAUGAAAGAGAAAAAAAGCAAAGUAAUUCUUGGGGCAUAAAGUUUAAGCAGAGUCAGUAGAGCAUGAGCCUUCAUUUUUUCAGCAGGAUCUAAACUGAAAGUCCUGUUCUGUCCUUCAUUUAAAAGUUUGAUUGGUUUUUUUGGGGAGGUUGCACAUUUCCAGCUCUGUCAGUUUCUGUCUUGUAUUUGCAAGGUAGUCUGCAAGCAGUGAAGCAAGUGUCUGUCGUGGUGAGCACAGUUGUUCAGCCAUUGUAAUGAAGAGUGACAAAAUUGUCAGAAGGGCAGAAGAGUGCUUUCUUAUUGGCCAACGUGAAAACCAAGAUAUGUGCCCUCUGCUCUGUGCUGGUGUCUCUGUCCUACUUGCUAGUCUGCUGUAUGACAUCUUUCUGUCAGUUCUGUAAAUUUUCACAAAGGAAGGGCCUAAUCCUGCUGACCAUUGUUGCUGCUCUGUAACCUUGUCCUAAACUAGAGUCUGGCAGUGUCCACCUUUUCUCAGAUAUUUGAAUCCUGGCUUGUGUCUGCCUUAUAAAAGUGCUGUCACUUAGUAUAUUGGGGAUAAUGUUUUAUGUACAGAUUAAUAUUUGUAUCGACUUCCAGAUGCUAAUUAAGCUUCAUUAAGAUCUAAACUAUUAAAGCAUUUAGUAGCAUGAAGUUGCAUCUUUUGUAGACCUGUAGUUGAAGCCUCUGAAGACAGACCCACACGACCUGUGUUACACAAUAGAUGAGAAAAGUUUCCACUAGAAGAGAAGUUUGCCACAAAGCAGAAGUUCAGCACAAAUCUUCCUUCACUCUUUGAGACCUAUGUGGGGUAUAAGAGAUUUGUGAUUUUAAUGGUGGACAUCAGCUCAGGGUUGAGUUUAAUUCUACUUGCUUUGUGUGAAAUUACUAAGCAGCAAAGUUACAAAUUAAUAUUAUUAUUAUGGGCAGAAUAAUGGUGGCAUCCUGAGAUGAAAGGAAUUUGUUUAAGCCAGAUGGCACGUUAAAACGGGGCAUUGAUGUGAUAGUUAAAAAAUGAUUGCAGGAUCAAAGUGUGGUUAUCUUUGCUUAUUAAUAUAUUUUGAAAAGUUUUUUAAUGUUAUGAUAAAGCAAUUCUAUGUUAUACUAACAAUAACAUAUCAAUAUUACUAAAUCAGUAGUUUGUUGAAAGAGAAAUAUAGUAUGUAUUGCACAGAUACAAGCUUUUAUAUAUGGAUUUUUUCUACUGUGUAUCAGAGUGCUCAGAUGAAAUAUAAAUUAGUAGUUGCAAAUUUUUUUGCUAAAAUACCCCUGCUGACUUAAAUUAUAGAUUAAGCAAUACAAGAAUAUCUAAUAGCAUUGUAUGGAUAUAUAUACCUAUGAAUCAGAAAUAAAGAAUUACAACCCA